CCUAUAAAGCGCCUUGGCGACACAUCAAAUUGUUUGACUGUAAAAAAACUCACACCGCAUAUAUACAUGUGAGUUUUUUCACUAACACAAUCAAAAAACUUACCGUUUGAAUCAAACAAAUUUGAUGUGUAGCCGUGUCGCUUAAAGUGUAAAAGCUGGUUGGCGGCGCUCCGCCGUUUUUUGAUACUCCGCUUUUAUCUAUGUUUUUUUGGUGGUAAACGUUGUGCUACCACCGGCUUGUUCUGUACUUUAUUAGAGAAAUUGGAAAUUGAAAACAAAAAUGACGAUUGGGAAAAAUAAUAAGAUGAUACAACACCUUAACUACCGGGUGCGUAUUGUUCUUCAAGAUUCACGUACAUUUAUUGGAACUUUCAAAGCCUUUGAUAAACACAUGAAUCUUAUUCUUGGAGAUUGUGAGGAGUUUAGAAAGAUUCGUUCUAAAAAUGCAAAAGUUCCCGAAAGAGAGGAAAAACGAGUAUUGGGAUUCGUGUUAUUGCGAGGAGAAAAUAUUGUAUCACUUACUGUUGAAGGACCACCACCACCAGAGGAGGGUUUACCCCGUGUUCCACUUCCAGGUGCUGCACCCGGUCCUGGUAUGGGUCGCGCUUCUGGUAGAGGUGUCCCUGUUAAUAUAUCUUCAGUUCCAGCAGGCCUACAAGGUCCAGUACGUGGUGUUGGUGGUCCAGCUCAACAACAUAUGGCUCCCAUGGGUAGGGGAGUACCACGAGCACCAAUGAUGGGUGGACCACCACCAAGUAUGAUGCCAGGCGGCAUUCCACCAAUGCCUGGAGCUAUGGGACGCGGCGCUCCACCACCAAUGAGAGGUCCUCCCCCUGGAAUGUUAAGAGGUGCACCACCGCCAGGUAGAGGAGGUUAUUAAAUAUUAUAUUCUAUUCUAGGUUUUUUCUAUAUUAUGUAUGUACAUUUUUAAAUAAAUAAGCGUUCAAUCAAUAA